GAACCGGACGUGCCCAAUUUAUGUCGCCAUUUUUGUUUUUUUCGCGCACCUGUUGACCGUUAAUUAAACGGGUGAACGGUCGGCAAAUUUUGUAUAAGUAAACUAAAAGAAAAACUAAGACUUUCCAACCAUUACAAGCACAACGUGAUCUGAUGGUAUGAGUUGUUCAGAGGGUCCACGGAUUAACCGAGUCAAAGCUUCAUCAAACGUUGAACCUAAGGAAGAUGGGAAUUCUAAACUUGAAGGGAAAUUAUCUCCAGGGCUUUUAGAAGAAACCAGUAGAAAGGUGGAAAUUAAAGAGCAGAGUGUUGGGAGAGAAGAUUUAUCCUACAACCACUGCAAAGAGCUGCUGUGGAAGAGUACACCACCAGUGAAAAACUGUGGUUCAGUAUUGUCAGAUGACCAAAAGAGCUCUUCUGCUAGUUUUAGCUCAAGCAGGGCAUCUUUGGACCCUCCACAUAGUGAUUCAAAUAAACUGCAGACCUCACCAAGCCAGGGUUUACAAACCCUUCUCUCCUUGUUGCCUCUGCUAAAGCAAGACACAGAAAGACGUUCUGCAAAGUCUAAAGUAUCGGAAUCUCUUCCUCUGAAAGAAUCAAAAUCAAACUGGAAUUCAAAACCUGAAAUCCAGUCAUCUGCUUUAUUACCUGGAGAUAGUAAUCCUGGCCAAGCUGACCUGAUGGUUAUUAAUGGCAACAUGUGCAAUAAUGAGAGUAAAACUCAUGGACAAGAGUUAACAGGUCCUGAGACAAAGAAAAAUCACAAGUAUACGAAGCAAAACUGGAAGCAGCAGACCCAGAGGGAGCAGUACCAGAUGUGGAAGCAGGCGGUACCAGAGGCCGUAUCUAACCCGGCAAUCUCCACCCAGUGGUUGCAACCACCUUCAGGCAGACAGUUGUUACCAGAGAUGUCUGCUUUUUACGGUCUUCCUCCACAAGCCAAGAUGGAAGAUUAUGCUGCAGCCACACCGACAGCGUUCCCACAUACUUGUUCUCUCUGUAGCAACCAAUGUGCCAGUAUCAAGGACUGGAUCUUCCACCAGAAUACCAGCUUUCAUCUUGAGAACUGCAAACUCCUCCGCAAACAAUAUCCAAACUGGGAUUGUACAGUACCACUGUUUGAAAGUUUUCCUGAUAAAGAUGCCUGGCAGUCUGCCUCAUCCUCUGCUCAGACAUUCCAGCAUUAUGAUCACGGAAUCAGGCCUGAGAGCCGGUCCAGGUCCAGGUCCAACAGCCCAUACAGUUGCAGCAGACUGGAGGCUAGAUGGGAGAGAUCCAGGAGCAGUUCCCGUUCUCCAAGUCCGUGUUCUUACGAGGCUCGGAAGCGCAGAAGCAAGUCUGGAGAGUCGGAGAAUUCAAACACUUAUAGGUCUCAGCGUCGUUCUCUCUCACCAUGGUAUGACUCCCCUUCGACGGCACGUCAACAUUUGCGUUUAAGGAGCCACAAGAGGCAGUCCUCCAGGAGGAGUAAGAAGAAAAGGUCCUCAUCACACAGGAGCCACAAGAGGCGUUCGUCCACGACGACCAGGUCCUCCGAUCAACGACUGAGGUCAAGCAAAGUGGAAAAGCUGACUGAAAGGCUGCUGAAAACAUCAGCAGUCCAGUCACUUGUGACGAAACCAAAACUCAAAGCUGUGAUUGAAACUCUGGUUCCAGUCAUCUUGGCUGAACUCAGGAACCUGAAAUCAUCUUCUGCUGCCUCUUCAUCAUCCUCCUCUCAUGCAGCAAAGCGGAGCUUAGAUGCAAAGUUAUCCAAAGUGAAGCCUGACCUUCAGGUCAAUGAAUCAGGUUCUUGUAGAAAGCCUCAGGCUGGUAAAUCCUCUCCUGUAACCACGGUGAAGCUCAGAGGGACCUUUGACUCUCUGUCUGACAGUGACGUUCUUGCUGCUGUGGAGAUUUUUGGAAACAUCAAAUCAGUUCUGCUGCUGAAGUCCAAACGAAAGGCGAUUGUAUGUUUUGAAAACAAGAAAGAUGCAGAGAAAGUAAAAAGGAUGAAGAUCCUCGAUAUUCAAGGAACAUCAGUCACUGUUGUUAAAGGAAAAAAUAUGCUUCUUAUGAAACGGAAGCAGAAAAUGGCUCCACGACCAAUAUCUGUGGAACCCAGUGUCUUUAAACGACAACCCACCGAACCCUCAUCCAGGGCAAAGAUGGUUCUACCUCCAACUAGAAAGCACGCAUCUUCACUGAGAGUGAAAAGGAUGGCAACAAGGAAACUCGUCUCAAAAACAAGAGUUUUGCUUUCCAAAGCAAAAAAUGUACUAAACCAGCAGGUUGUCAGACCUUUAAAAACAGGAGCUGGUAAAUUCGUUAAGGUGAAAAAACGAGCUUCAAAGCUUCCAGGAUCUACAAAGUUUACGUUUGCAACAAAGACGGCAGAUGCUGGUGAUUCUGAACAAAAAACACAGCCUGAAACAACCCAAAUAGAGACUAAAGAAUCUCCAAAGGCACUCAAAGAGGCGACCAUGGAAGAAACUAGACAGAAACUUAAAGCUCAUCUACAGGAAGAUGGGGAUGUGAACAAAGAAGAAAUGGUAGAAAAUAUAGAAGAUGCCAUGAAAUCACUGCAUGCAGUUUCAGAAUAUAAUCAGGAUGCUGCCAUGACAGAAAAAUUGGACAUGCAGCUUCAAGAAUCUGUACUGGUGGCUGAUGAUGUCGCAGCUGAUUCUUUUGAAACAACUGCCGAAACAAAGCAACAAGCUGGACUUAAUGAAGUGAACCAUCAGACCAAAGAAUAUGAAUCUCUGAAAUAUCUGGAAACAAGAGCAGCAGAUGAUGUGAAGGUUAAAACUAUAACUGAAGUCAAACUCCAGAGGACUAAACCAGUAAAGAGUUACGCAUCAAACAGUAUAAUUUUUACAUCCAAACCCGCUUAUCCAUCUCAGACACAACUGAAUCUCCUUAAGACUCCAACACCCUCAACUGGAUCUUCAUCACUGGGCCAGGAAAAAGGUCCGACGUCCACCGUUAGGACUGAGACCGAUGCUUUGGGACCGCAGAAAGCAGGACGUUCACCUGCUUUAAAGAUGCCACGUUCAUUGGGACGUGUGAAGACAAAAACAAAGAAAAAAGUGGGAACUAAAAAGAAUCGAUCUCGGACAGCUCCAGCUACCAAAACCAAGGCUUCAGCUGCUGCCUCCACCCUGACCAUCGAAGAGAUGUUGGAGAAAUUUCUGUGUGAAGACCGAAUUGGUUGUUUAAGCAAGAAAACCGUCAUGUCCUCAAAGCUGUUUUCACUCAAUGCGAAGGUGCUGUUAAUAACAAACCUGCCUAAGUAUUUUGAUGGCUGCUACAGAGAGGAUGAAGUUGCUGAUCUGCUCCUCCCGUUUGGGUUCAUCUAUAAGGGCAACAACAUCUAUGUUAUUCCUCAAAAAUGCAUGGCGUUUGCCCUGAUGCCACACGUGAAGGCUGUAAGAAGCAUCAUCGCUUAUUCUGACCAGAACCGCAUCGUUUUCAAAGGAUCUGAACUAUCAGUCAGAGUUGUGCACAACAUGGUUUCAGUGACACCAUUUGGGUUUUAUUCAUUCCUGAUCAAAAGGAUCCGCUCGAAACUGAAGGAUGAUGGAGAAAGCUCAGUCUUCAUCCACAACGUUUCCCCGAGCGAGGCCAGAGCUCUGAGGGAAGCUCUGAACGCAGUCGGCUCUGUGAGACGAUACCUGCCUCUUCUCAACAAGGUGUUUGUUGAGUUCAAAUCCAGGCGUGAGGCUGAUCUGUUGGGAGUUUGGUACAGCCUCCUGAAGCGCUCUCCAGCUCACAACGUCUUUAGGAUGAAAAUACCUCAAAGCAGCAGGGUUUCCCCACCACUGAGAGCCCUGCCAGACAGCAGUGAAGCUGUUGAUGGAGCCGUCGUCCCAACUGCAAAGUGUGGCGUUCCACAGGGAAGCACCCCUCCAUUCUGGAUCACAAUGACCGCAAACCCAUCCGUGUUUCCCACCUUCUCUCCCUGGUUCAAUAUUCCAGAUUAUCUGACCGUCGAUACAGUAAAGGUUAUAGAGAAAACGGAGUGCCCGGCCUCCGAGUUCUGCACCAUCAUGCUGACAGGUUUACCUGAGAGGAACUACACCCACGAGGAUGUCGCUAAGCUGGUUUGGCGUUAUUUCCCCAAACAGAACCUGCAGACUCUGUUCUACAAUGUGACGGUCUUACCGCUGCAGAGGAGGGCCUUUGUGUUUUUCAGCAACUGGGACGCCUGCUGUGAUUUUGUCCUAAAUCACAUCAGAAAUCCAGUUUCUGUGAACGGCUGCCGGCUCAGCGUUCACUUCGUCGUAGAGGACAUGCAGCCUGGAUUCAGUGAGGAGCCGAUGUACAGAACUAUGAUGAAAUGGAGCAACGCUCGUGUUUCAGAGCUGGAGUCUCUGGAGGAGCGGCUGCUGUGUGUGGAGAUCUCUGAGCCAACCGUGCACCUCGUCAUGAUGGUCAUGAAAGAAGUAGCGUCUGUUGCCGCUUUCGUAGACUUCCUGCCGCUCGCUAACAGGAUUGUGAUUGAGAUGGCUGAACCACAAGGCGUGACAGAAGCUGUUCAGAAGAUCUCACUGGACUCUUCAUCAGUGCAUCAGAUUUGGAGGAAAGUUAAACGUAUUGAGUCUCUGAAGAGUUUAAAUGAGCGUCUGCGAAACUCCAGCGAGACUCUAAUAAACCUUGAAGUGGACGAGAUGGAUGUCGACGCUACAUCCUCAGCCGGGGCCUCCAUGGAGACACUUCAGUUGGACAGAGAAGGUGGUCGACCCACAGAGAGCGUCGCUGCAAGCAGCUUGGAGUCGCAACGAAAGACAGAAAAAUUAUCAGAGAAGGAACCAUCUCCAAAGAGAAGGAAGCUGGAGUUGAGCAACCAAGCCCAGAGUCUGGAGACUGAUUUAAAGGAUGCAACAUUAAGAGAUGUGGAAGAACAUACAGGGGAUGAAAGAAGUCCUUCUUCAGAAGAAGAAAUUCCUAAUGCUCUCCAUGAACGAAUGCAUGAAGAUGAAAAAAGCCAAACACCUCCAGCUGAGAAGGACCAGAUCUUACAUCAGGCAACUCCCACUAACCUGGUGUCUGAAGCAGACAUUAAACCCACAGGAGAUGUUUACCAAGUGAUGGAUUCAGUAGAAGAUCAACCACCAACUGAGCGAGAAUUGGAAACUAACGAGGAAAACCGGACAAAUAAAAGCAUCUCAACAACCUUAAAAGGUGAUGAACCCACCAGGAUCCCAAAGAUGGAGGCAACAGAAGAAAUGGUGGUUGAGCAUCACCCUGAAGGUCAUGAAGAAGCCACAGAGAUACCAAGUUCAAGUGGACCGAAGAGUGCCAGAAGAAGAUUAAAUCUCACAGGAGUCCUUCAGCAUUGUAGUAUGAGACAAGAAGCUCUCAGCAACACCAACGCAAGAUCUACAGGAGGAAGAGGAACCAAGGAAGCAAGAAAACCAGAGAUGCUCACAUUCAAGAGCUCGUCUGGGAGAGACCAGAGGGGGGAGAAGACCCCUUUAAAAGAAAGGAAAGUCGACCAUGUCAUAGAUGUUAAAAUAAAGACUUCUUAUAGAAAAGCUGAGGAGCACACAGAGAUGACUAAAGGUGGUCAACAUGUCACAGAAGAAGAAUCCAGACCAGGAAGGAAAAAUAUUGAUGAAGACGUUGCAACAAGUAAAGAUGAAAGACCAUCUCCAACCAGCAACAACUGCACCAGGAAGUCAUCAAUGUCUUCUCAAAAUGUUCUUAGGAGGCUGGAUGGAGUGAAAGAGGAGGAGGAAGAUGAUCUUAAUGAUGCAUCGGAGGAAGAAGAGCCUGCUGCUGAAGUGGAGGAAGACAGCAGCUGCAAACUAGAAAACACCUGGAAUGAAAAUGAAAAGAUAGAUGUGAAUCUCUGUGAGGUGGGAGAAGAUGAGACAGAGGAGGAACAGCUGAUAGAAGGUCCAAGGUGGGACGGGUGGGAGGUCACAGAGGGACGUCUGCAGGAGCUUCUUGCGUUGGAUGAGACUGAAGAAGAGGAGAAUGGACAUGAAGUCUGCUACCUCAGCCAGGAAAGCCCACCAGUUGACUCCACAAAUCCAGAGACUUCAGGAUCUGCAGAGGGAAGUAAGACGAGCUCAGAACACAACUCAGUCAUCAGUAAACGAAGCAGAAGACUAGUUGGACCCACAGCGAAGAGAUUUCGCUUCCAUUCUUCUUUGGCCUCUGUUGACUUGAAGCCGUUCCCGCUCAGCUGCAGACCCCCCCUCGGUGAGGAGUUUGUGGAGCCUAGAUUGGGCCUUUUCUGUUCCGUUUGUUCUGUUUUCUUCCUGAACGAGGCCACAGCUGAGGACUCGCACUGCUGCGGCCGCGCUCACUACGACAACCUGAAGAAUUAUUACCAGAAACUCUCAGGAACAUCAGCUCUGACUUCUCCAACACGGGUCUGACUGAUCUACUUCUGAGGAACGAAGCUCUGGAGAGCUGUUGUGGUUUAACGGAGCUGUCCUCCAUCUGCUGGAUGUAAGACGACCCUACCAGUUGAAGCUCUUCAUCUCCUGCCGAACUGGGAGGACUGUCCAGUUCAGAUCGUGUUAAAGAAUCGAUGCUGUUCAGGCUGAUGGGAUUUGGUUGGUUGGUGGUUUUCUCUCUGGUCUUGGUUCAUUUUCCAGUCUUUAGUUUGUGUUUAUAAAAUGUCCUCUGAGCAGGAUGAGGUGAGAAGUUCAUAUAUUCAUUUUGCUUUUUUGUUAAUAGUUGGAUGUUACAAAGAUGGCAACCAGAGUAAAGACUAAAGGUUUUUGUGUUCAUAAGCUCCGAUUGAACUCAUUGAACACAAGAUGGUUGAUUAUUUGUCACCAAGAUAUAUUAUUUGUUUUUCAGCCUUUGGGAAACUUACAUAAUUAUUAGAUAUAUUUAAGUUGUUCUAGAUUUGAACAUUUACUUCAAAAUGUUGAUUUAUGACUGUAAACAUUGGCUGCUUCAUGAUAAACGAAUAAUGCAAAUCAUUUUGUCAUAUAAGAUCAAUAAAACUAAGAACUGUUAGAAAA